AUCGACUCCGGGUAGCCCAAAUGCUUCAUGACUCCCCCCAAGCUGCACAUCAGCGUGCAUGAGUCCAACCCUGGGAGGCGCCUUGACAAUGAACAGCCGCGCAGGCAGGCAUCUAAAAGACCAGGUCAGGCUCCUCCUAUAAAUCAUCCCGGGCAGCGCAGCCGGCGCCAUGCCGAGGCGGGGCCAAACACCUCGAGCAGCAGCGGCUGGUGGAGCGAGCGGCAGCAGCGCAGGCACGAUGCUUGGGACGACAGGAGAGAGGCGGACGAGCAGAUGAUGCUGGCCACCACACCGCAGCGGGCGGCGCUGCAGGCGGGGCAGCGGGCGGCAGAAAUCCAGCAGGUUCAGGCGCGGCUGGACAGCACGGAGCCACUGCGCUGCUGGCCCACAGCUGGCCGGCAUGACGGCACUCUUUGCUGUUUCAGGAAGACUGGAACCAUGCCGGCAGUGUAUCACGGCCUUGGCGGCGUGGCGGGCUCCCUCGUGGUGCCCAUUUUUGGGUGCACUUCGCACGGCGAGAAGAACGUCACAGCGCACCCGUUCCAGGUUGGCUGUGUGCCCACCAGCCCUGUGAUCAACACUGUCUACCUCUCAGAAGAUUUGGUGGAGAUGUUCCGGCUGUUGCAGCUCAAAGACGGCGUUGUUGAUUGGCGAAAUUUGGAUGCGACAGCGGUCCUCAUCGCCAGCCCAUCGCCAACGCUGCCACGAGGGCCAGAAACACUGCCCCGAACGCGUUCGGACCCCAGGAUAUCCACUUUUACAGUCUGCACCCUUGACGAGACCCGCAUUCUGCUGCAAAGGAAAUCAGAUUGUAUUCGGGCUAAAGCAUAUCGCCCCGAGCCUCCAGCGCUCAACGCCACCCCACCCACUCUGGCGCCCGGUCAUUGCGGUCGUUGCGCCGCCUUCCCGCCGACAUGA